AUGGCGAAAGUUUUGGACGCCGCAGAGGUCGCCAAGCACAACACCGCAGAGAGCUGCUGGGUGAUAUUGUACGGCAAGGUCUAUGAUCCAGAGGCCUGUCUAGGCACGGUGGACGAGAGCACCUUGCCCAAGGACGACAAACCGGCACCGGCACCGGAAAAGGCCACAGGCCCGCCUCCGAUGCAAACCCUCCUCAACCUAGAUGAGAUUGAAGAGGUCGCGACGAAACAAGUCAGCCAGAAAGCGUGGGCCUACUACUACUCAGCAUCGGAUGACAAGGUCUCCAAACGGUUUAACAAUGAAGUUUACCGCUCCAUUCUUCUGCGUCCCCGAGUCUUCGUCGACUGUACGAACUGUGACCUGAGCACAUCGGCGCUAGGUCAUAAGCUGGGGAUGCCAAUCUACGUGUCACCUGCGGCCAUGGCUCGUCUGGGCCACCCCUCCGGCGAGGCAGGUAUCGCCGAGGCCUGUCGCAGCUUCGGUGCUAUGCAGGUCAUCUCCAACAAUGCGUCGAUGACACCGGAGCAGAUUGUCCAGGAUGCGGCGCCGGACCAAGUCUUUGGCUGGCAACUCUACGUCCAAGUCGACCGCAAGAAGAGCGAAGCCAUGUUGGCUCGGAUCAAUAAAUUGAAAGCCAUCAAAUUCAUCGUUCUGACCUUGGACGCUCCGGUACCGGGCAAGCGCGAAGAAGACGAGCGCAACAGUCUGGUUGGUGUCUCACAGCCGGUUUCAAGUGGCGUCAAAGCUGCGGAGCGUGCUGCGGAUGGUACUCCGGAUGUCAACGGUCCCGGCGGCUCCGGGGGAGUCGGUCAGCAGCUUUUUGCUGGCACAGAUCCAUCAUUGACAUGGCAAAAGACACUACCCUGGCUGGCCCAGCACACCAACCUCCCCAUCAUUUUGAAAGGAUUGCAAACGUAUGAAGAUGCGUAUAUUGCAUCUCUCCACGCGCCCCGGGUCAAGGGUAUCAUCCUCUCUAAUCACGGAGGACGCGCACUAGACACUGCGCCACCUGCUGUGCAUACUCUCUUGGAGAUUCGAAAAUACUGCCCCGAAGUGUUCGAUAAGCUGGAAGUGCAUGUUGACGGCGGUAUUCGCCGUGGCACCGACGUGGUGAAGGCAUUGUGCCUCGGAGCCAAGGCGGUUGGAGUUGGGCGGGCAGCGCUCUGGGGGCUGGCUGCCGGUGGUCCCGAUGGAGUCCGAAGGACUUUGCAAAUACUUGCGGACGAAACCAAAACGUGCAUGCGCCUGCUCGGCGUGCAAACUGUCGAUGCCCUUGGCCCUCAACAUAUCAACACCCGCAUGGUUGAGCAACAGAUUUACGACGGACCGUCCGCUCUCGACUCGCUACGACGCACCUUCCGGGCGAAGCUUUGA